AUGGCUAGUGGUUCGGGGCCACAUCCUGACCAUGGCCGUGGCGAAGGCGAUGGCGAUGCUCCUGAACCUGAGGACCAGCCGCGAGCCGGUCGAGCUUGGUAUGGGGCUGGGCGAAGUGCAGCUGAGGGCGAUGGAAGCGCUACUGCGUCUGGUGAGCAUGGACCGCAGAAUGGGGUCGCGGGGCAUCAGCACCAGACCAGUGGCGCAGAGGCAGGAGAUCCUCUACAAGUUCAAGACCCUUGGGUGCCAGCAGGGCGCUCAACAGCUGCACGGGACUCAGGUCUAGUUAGAGAAGAAGCCGCGACUUGGCAGACUAGGUCGUGGGACAACACGUGGAACCAUGACCAAUGGGGGGCGCAUGACUGGUCAGCUGGUGGUUGGAGAGGUUCCGAUUGGCAAUGGGAUCAAUGGGGUAGUUCUUUCAACACCAAGCCUGACAUGCUAGACCCUCCCACUUGGCCAGGGUGGAGUCACCGGCGCCUGUGGAUACAGGCCAUCCGUAGGUGGAACAAGCAGACAGACAUCCCCUUGCACAGGAGAGCUGACCGCGUUCUCAGGUCUCUUGGCUGGGAUCUGCAGAGCGACUUUGAGCACUUGGAUGAUGAGGUGCUCUCCUCUACCCUCUACUUGGAGGCCAUCAUUGAGGUGAUGAACGCCAAAGCUGGGGUUCGUGAGGACGAUGAGAAGCGCCGAGCAUAUCGGCAAGCCAUCUCUGAGAAUCAGAGACUUCGUGAGGAGUCCUUGGCACAGUACGCAAUUCGCAGACAGAAGGACUUCAGGAACGCGGCCAACUAUGGGGUGGUCAUCCCGAACUCUCUGAAGGCGAUGUUGCUGAAGGAAGGUGCGGGGUUGUCCGACCAGAAUCAGCAGAAUCUCACGGCUCUGCUUCAAGGCAAUGAUGAGGACCCAGACUUAGUUGCCAGGUGUCUCAGCCGCAUGGAUGUGCGUUCAGAUCGACUGAGCGCUUACGUAGAUGAUGCUGCUCGGGAACCAUCCUACUUGGCUGACACCGAUGCCACCAGUGAGGAUGACGACGUUUUUGAGAAUGAGGAGGUCCUGCAAGAGCUGGACAAGAUGGAGUUGAACGAGGACCAGAUUUGUGAGGUUUUCGCCGUCUUGGAGCGCAAGAGAUCAUGGAAGGAGAACAAGCUCUUCAAAGCGGACAUUCGAAAAGACCGAGGCAGCUUCAUCAAGGAUGGCACCAAUGGCUAUCCCCGUGGUCAAGCUGGAGGGCCCCCUGCUGGAGGCGUAGCUGGCAGAAAUCCUUCCCGCCAGGGGUUCAAUCGUGAUCAGUUGAAGAAGAUCUCCAGGUGUCGUCUUUGCCAGAAGAAAGGACACUGGGCGGCUGAAUGUCCGUCCAAGAAGGGCGCUGGUGGAGCUACAGCUUUUGCCUACUGCAGUGCCAGCGCUGAUGUGUCGAGAUCAGCUUUUACUUUCUUGUCAGUGAUGGAGGUCCGACAAGCUAUCCAUCAAGUCCUUUACGGAGAUGAUCAGCAUGGCGACGGAGGUUGGGCCUUUCUGACCUUGGAUGGGGGUGAGGCUGUCCUGGACAUCGGUGCCACUCAGGAUCUCAUAGGGCUGUCUGCCCUUGAAGAUCUGACCAAGGAGCUCAAGAAGGUGGGAUUGCAGCCUGUGAGAAUUGACAAGCCCGUCACCACACCGACAGGCAUUGGUGGGUCGGCUCGGGCGCUCUAUGCGGUGCUGCUCCCAAUUUCACCGGGCGGCAUUCCGGGAAUUCUGGAGAUGACAGUCUUGGAAGGAAAUGUGCCGCCUUUGCUGUCUGUAGGGUUCCUAGACUUUCUCAAGGCGUCCAUCGACCUUUCCGAGGACAAGCUGGUGCUGCGAACUUUGAACCUGGAGUUGCCCAUGAACAAGAUCUCAACUGGUCACCGCACUAUCUCCUUGGUCAAGUGGAAGGGUGGUGAUUUUCCCAUUCCGGAUGACGUGCAGGAUAAGUACGGCUUGCCAGAACGUGCUUUCAACAUUUCAGCUUCAGCCUUUUGUGCGUAUCCAAAAAGUGCUGCUGCCGAGUUUGUCCGUCCACAACAUGAAGAACCAAUUCAGGGAAGUAUUUCAAAGUUUUCCUUUUCACAUGAGCCCAACAUUUUCAGUGAUUUUCAUACUCCGCAAGCGAUCAACUUUGUGACGGACAGAGCAGAUUCAGCGAAAUAUCAGAGUUGCGGCAUGAUCAAAUUUGUCAUGGAGAACACUCACAAACCAGAUCUUUGGCAUGUUCACAAACCAGAUCUUUGGCAUGUGAGCAGUGCGAUGAUGUAUAUCAAGAACCAGAGCUGCGCUGCUCAAGCAAUUCGAUGGGCAGUUCACUCUGUCCUCACAGAUCAGCCUCCAGCGCCACUGAUGGAGAGCACUCGCGACUCUCGCGCUGCGCGCGGAUGGCAUCAACUGCUGAGCGCCGUGAGCGCACAGCUGGAGACCAACCGGGUGGCCUACAAGAACUUGGCUCGUGCAGAGCUUCGGACCAAGUUUGCUCCUGGGAUGAAGCUGCUGAUGCACGAGGGACACACGGUGGGAGGGUGCCUUCAUCCUUCCGAUGCCUUGAUCAACCGGUCCAACCAAUAUGCAAGAUGGACAGUGUGCCCGAAAUGCCAGGCCAGAGUGUGGUACCAGUCCCUGCGUCGGGGAAGGAGCUCAGCUCAGGGCUCGGUUCAGAGCGCUGCAACGACACCACCAAUCGAGCCCAUGUACCUCACUCCGAAGGCACCACCUGUGGCUCCUGGCCGAACGGCCGCGACACUGACGGCCCUGAAUCCCACAGAGGAGACUCACCAAGUCUUGGAGGCUGCGAUGUUGAGCUUCCAGAAUCAGGGAGCACAGAUGAGCAUGGCAAUGCAACAGGUCGGCCAGUCCCUGGAGGAGCUGGCGCGUGGGCAGGCUCAGAUGUUGAACAUGAUGCAGCCAAACCUGACACCGGCUCCGAAGCCGGCAGCCACUCCGACAUCGUCCCUGCACGAGAGCUUUCACCUGGAUGCACCAGAGGCGGUGGCAUGGUCGGAUGUGGAGUUGGAAGGGUCCAGUCCGGGCUCACUGUUCAACCCGAACGAGAUGAUGCCCAACUACGACAACAACAACCACGAAUGCUACAUCUUCAAGUAUGACCUUGGCGUGGAUCAUCCAGUAUGCCCUGACUAUAAGGUUGUUCCUGGUGUGAACGAUCAACGACAUUCCACAGAAUGCCCUGGUCUUGAAGUAUGUCCUGACUAUGAAGUCGUUCCUGGUGCGGACGAUCGACAGCGCUCCCAAGUAUGUCCAGGUGAUAAAGUAUGCCCAGGUGAUGCAGUACACCCAGGUGCUACUGAAUGUGAUCAACAGCUGAUGAGCUCAAGGGGAACACAACCUGUGGACCCGACAUCAAGGCCCACUUGGGUUCCUCCCUUUGCUCAACAUCGACACCAGCGCCUGGCCAACUGCACCUCUUUGGAAUCCGAGGCACUGGGCGACCCCAACUGGUGUACAAUCUGGAGACGUGUCGUCACAGAGAUGGGAGACAUCAUAGAAGACAGCCCUGGACCCCAUGCAGCGUUGGAUUUUGCAACACCCCUGGAUUUAUGGGUGAGCUGCUGGGGCCUGCCCAUGGACUUUGUACGGCUUGCCAACUUCUCAACUCAGGAGGUUCUGCCCCUACGUUUGGACUCUGAGGGUCAGGUCUCCGAGAAGGGCAUGUACUGGGCAGUUCACUCAGAUCUGUUGAGUGAAGAGGUCAUUGGAUUUUGGACCGAAGCUUCACAUGAUGUCUCUUCCAAGGGCGAGAUCCAUCGAUGUGCCCAGAACCUCUGCUUCCUUGCCAAGAGCACCAACAAUGGGGGCAAUCGGCGACUGGACUUUGCCGAGCUGUUCUCACCGCCUCGAGUGUCUCCUUUGGCACAACAGAUGGGUCUGAAGGUGGACGCAAGCGCAGUGUUUGACCUGACGGCUGGGUGGGAUGUUCGAAACAAAGAACAUCGGCGACGUUUUCGCACAUUUCAGAAUGAGAGACGUCCCAAGACAUUGAUGGCCUCACCGGAGUGCAAGGCUUUCUCUCCACUGCAGAAUAUCAACAAGGAGAGGAUGGACCCAGAAUACCUUCGCAAGAUCCUGACUGAGGGCCAGUUGAUGUGGAACUACAGUCUGGAAGCUGUGAACACCCAGACCGUCAAUGAUGACUAUUUUGGACUAGAACAUCCAGAGAGGGCUUCAUCUUGGAAAUUGCCACAAACACAACGUCUCCUACGCAGGCCUGACGUUGCAGUCAUCAUCUUCGAUCAAUAUGCUCUUGGUCUCACGGUAGCUCCAGAUGGCAUGCUCUCACGGAAGACCACCAGGAUUGCCACCAACAACCCAUGGCUAGCGAAGAGACUGCUACAGGCCCAAUGCGUUGGAGGGCACCCUCAUCGACAGCUCAUUGGUGGUCUCCCAGCACUAGCUCAAGAAUAUCCACCAGCUUUAUGCCGGUGCAUUGCAGAGAGCGCUCGUGACGCAGCCCUGGGACUAUCUCCUCCCUCCUUUGUGACAGAGCCCAUGGUCUCAGGUGAGCCGUCAUGGAAUUUUCCAACACUUGCUGAAGGAGAAGAAGAAGAAGAAGAGAAUGAGCCAGCGGUGGCUGAACCAGUCACCGGUGGAAACAUCCCGGUGGUGACCGAGGCACAGAAACGAUUGGUGCGUCGGGUUCACAUCAACACGGGUCAUCCUCCUCGCGACCGUCUCCUCCGAGCCCUACGAGCUGCAGGAGCCCUACCACAGGUCUUGCAUUAUGUCCAACAUGACUUUGACUGCGAGAUCUGUCAGUCGAGAAGCGGACCUGAUGUCCGGCGUAAGGCUCAACUUCCCAAGACUUUCUCCUUCAACAAGGUUCUUUGCGUGGACUUUUUCUAUGUGAAAUGGCGAGAACAUCAAAUCGCAGUUCUCAACAUGGUGGACCUCGGAAGCGGAUAUCAAGUUGCCGUGCGGGCACCUGUCGCUGAGGGAACUCAUGGUGGAACUCCAACAUCAGAGAUGGCAUGGCGUCUCCUCUUGACGACAUGGAUUCGACACUAUGGAGCUCCUCAACUCAUCCUCUGUGACGCCGGCAACGAGUUCCGAGGCUUCUUUGAACGCAGUCUUGAGAACAUGGGCAUUUUCCAACAUGUGAUACACCCGGAGAGCCCCUGGGAGAACGGCAAGUGUGAGAGACAUGGUGGAUGGCUGAAGAGCAAAAUCGACCGCGAGCUCACCAGCGGCCGAAGUGUGGUCCAAACCUUGGAAGACCUGGAUGAGCUCCUGAGCUCUCUGACCACCACGAAGAACACCUGGCUCAACAAGGGAGGCUUCACCCCCUAUCAACUGGUGUUCGGCUCAUUGCCGAGAAUUCCAGGUGAGCUGCUGGCUGAUGAUGAGUUGGCACAACAUGGCUUGAGGGAUGCCUUUGAGGAUCCCAUGGAAGUCGAUGAAGCUGCAGGCGAGUACCGUCGUCGGCACCAGAUUCGAGAACGAGCACGACAGCUGGCCAUGCAGCAGGACUCCACCGAUGCCAUCAAGGCAGCCACCAAGGCCGCACCACACCAAGAUCGGUGCUCAGCGGAACAACUUCGACCAGCCCUUUCCAGCGAGAUUUUGGGGAAGGAUCUGGCCUCAGAUCCUGCAUUGAGCACUCUCCUGAGACAAGUCAUCUCGGGACAACGAGCUGGAGCAGUAGAUGUUGCACGAGAAGGACCACCACCUGGAGGUUCUGGAUGUGAGCCAGUUGAGCGGCAGAUCAACCGCUACAUGGUCCUCUUAGGCCACAUGACCACCUUCCUCAACAAGCUCCGCAGGAAGUCCUGCCUGUUCCUCCUGGUCUUUCUCCACACGUUCCACUAUCACCUCCAGCACCUGCGCAGAGCACACCAUCUUCUAGAAGGUCAUCGACCCGAGAACCAGCCAGUGAACCUGGGGCAGCCAUCAGCCCAAACAAUGCUCCACAAAGAGGUCAAGAACAUGCAGAACCACAACUUCCUCCAAUUCCAGAGCAAGGCACCCGGAACUCCGAUCCGUGGACUUUUGGAUCGAGUUCUCCGAAGCCCGAGAAGAGAGAGAAGCCCGAGAAGAGAUCCAACAACAGCACUGACACCAGCUGAGCACAUCGACUCAACCAACCGAGUUGCUCAGCAGAUCAGGGAGUUUGAUCACCUGUCUCUUCCUCAAGAUCCUUCAGAUCAAGCUGCCACUGAGUCGGUCACGUUUUGGAAUUUUCUAUCUGGGCUUCCUCAGACCGACAAGAAGCGCAAUGAUGAGAUCUCAUUGAAAGAACUCAGUGCUGAAGAGAAAAAGUUGUUUGAGGAGUCCGACCGGCUAGAGUGGGAAGCCAUCCUUCAGACUAAAGCCGUACAUGUCAUCUACGGCGAAGAGGCACAGAAGAUCAGACAGCAGUUUUCAGAUCGGAUCGUCUCUUCACGCAUGGUGAGGCGCAAGAAGCCACAACCUCUUCUACACAGCUGGAAGGCCAAGUCGAGAUGGUGCUUGCAUGGGCAUACUGACCCUGACACUGGACUGCUGGUCACCUACGCUCCCACACCACAGACGGAAGGCAUCAUGCUCUUCCUGCAGACGGCAAUCAACCAUCAGAUGACCAUUGCUUUUGCUGAUGUGAAGAAUGCCUUCUGUCAGAGCAGGCCAAUGAAGCGCCAGCGAGGACCAAUCUUUGCCGAGCCUUGUCCAGGAUUGCCACUACCGCCUGGGGCACUUAUCUCUAUUGAUGUGCCAGUAUAUGGACUGGACGAUGCUCCAGCUGAAUGGCGAGCCACCGUCUCCGACUUCACCGUGAAGGACUUGAAGGCAGAGAGGAACGUGGUCGAACCAUGCUGGUACAAUGUAGUGGAUGAUUUCAUCAUUGCAGCUCUUCCAGAGCACUACGACAAGCUGCAGAAACAGAUGCAAGAUCGGUUUACCUUUGGUAAGUGGGAGGCCAACGAGGCCGAAUUUGCGGGCAGACACAUACGCUGCACGCCUGAGGCCAUUUACAUUGACCAGCACAAAUACAUUCAAGAACAAGUGCAUCCCAUCGCCUUGCCAAAGGGUCGAAGGCAACAAGCGAAGGAGCCAGUGAGCGAUGAUGAGUUCACGGCGCUCCGAUCACUCAUCUACCGCAUCAACUGGGUUGGCAGAGAGACCCGUCCUGAAGCAGCUGGCCUAGCCUCAAUCAUGGCAUCCAAGCUCAAGCACGCCAAAGUAGAAGACAUCCUUUUGGUGAACAAGUUUGUCAACUACCUGCGAUCUACGUCAGACCGGGCGAUCAAGAUCUGGGCCUUUGAUCCCCGAGAAAUGGCAUUUGUCGUCUUCUCAGAUGCAGGUGGGAUCAACACCAAAGGGUCUGAUUUGUUGGACGAAGAAGGUCUUCCAACAGACUCGACACAGGGUGCUUGGCUUGUUUUGGCGACUGAGAAGUUGCCACACGGCAGACAGAAGGUGAGAGCAACACCUCUGGCAUGGAGGAGCAGCAAGUUGAAAAGAAAGGUUUUCUCCACCUACGGUGGUGAGACUCAAUCCAUGUUGCAGGGCGUUAGUGAGGUUGACUGGCUCCAAGUGAUGUAUCGAGAUGCGACGGCACACGAUGUAGCUCUCUCAAACUGGCGUUGCUCAUUGUCCCCACACAUGCUGGUUAUGAAGGGAGACUGUGAACUUGGAGGGCGUCAACAACAAUGCUCAGUGACUGACGCCAAAUCGCUGUAUGACUGUUUGCUGCGUGAGAACCCAUCCGGUAAGAAGGAUCGAAAGUCCGCAUUAGAGCUAGCGAUUGUCCUCAGGGAUCUUCAAGAAACCAAAUCCAUGGUGCGCUGGGUUCCCCACCAAAAGAUGUUGGUUGAUGGUUUAACCAAAGAAGAUCCACUGAAGGCAAGUGACGCGUUGCAUCAGUUUCUCAAGUCCGGAGUCUUGAGCCUUGUAGAUGUCACUUCAGAGCUGGAAUGUAGGAAAUCAGAUCCACUUUACCGUAGGCGUAGCAAUCAAGCCAGCCGUGAGAGGUUGCUGAGCGAGUACAGGGAGAACUAUCUCCAAUUUCUGACCCCUUUGGUCAACAUUGUUUGGGGGGACUGUCAUGAAACACCACUGGACACCAUGUGA